GGAUAUUCUCGGUGAGCCGUGUUUCGGCCGUGCGUGGAACAACGGCGGCACGGCCUGGUUUUCCUGGGGAAGCAUUGCUUUUUGAGGUGUUG